AUGGAGUGGGACUGGAUCGUUCGAUACGACGUUGACUUUGGUGACGAUUGUGAACCAUCAAAGACGUUGCAUGAUCAUGCUUUCGAGCGAGCUUUCUGGUGUACGUGCGGUAGAACUGUAUCACACAUGACAGUACCACGAUGCAUCUGGUGCAGAAGACGACACUUACCUGAAACUGAGUGGCACCAGGAACAGCUGGAAAUCGGUUCGAACAACCCAUUCUUUGACAACAAUCCAAAUUAUCCUCGAUGGGUGAGCGACAGUGACAACAAAUACCCCAACCCAUAUCCUAGACUCGGCUAUCGGGGCCAAACUGAUGACGGUAGUGAAGAAAGGUGA